GCAGUGCCGUGGUUUCCGUCUCAAAAGCGUCACCGACCAGGGACCCCUUGGCGACCCGACCCAGCAUACGAGGAGGGAACGGAAAUAAAUCUUCUUCUUCUCUCGAUUAAAAAGAACAGGAAAAAAAAAAAAAAAAUCAGCGGCGAUGAUUAGCAUCCUUGCUCAGGAGCGUCUUCUUGGCGCCGCCUUGGGGAGUGUUUUCGUGGGAGCCUUCGUUUUCGAGCAGCGCAGGAGCAUAUACAGAUCCCUUUCUGAUAAUGCAUCCGUUCGAUAUGAGCUUCAAGAACGCAUAUUUCGGAAGAAAUCUUCAGAUUUAGCACACUUGUGGAACAAAGCUGUGGAUGAGACUUUGGGGCCAGUGGUUGCAUAUCUUAGCUCACGCCGGUGGUAGCAGACUCAUACGUGUGCUUCGCAAAUUGAUGAUGCAAAACAUCUGUCUGUAUGUCAUUUCUAUGCUUCGACGAUUCUACAAUAUAUAUCUAUGCUAACAUUAAACUAGACUCAUUUGGGUGAGUUUUCAUCCAUUAUGGCUGAUUCGUUUUAUCAGCUACUUUUCAGUUGGAUUUUCACAUCAUGCCAGUGUUUAGGCCUGUUUACGGAGCCUUUUUCAUUUAGCUAGACUGACAAAAUUUCAUACUUAAAAACAUGGUGUUGCAAUGGUUCGCUUUUGUUGAACUGAGAAGGCACUGUUCAAAUGGUUGCUUUUGGAAUAUCAAAAAUGUUUUCUUACUAA